AUGUUAGUCGGUAUUCUCGACUCAUCUACCUUUACCAAGUUUGAGCAACUCGAAGCCGAAGACCCAAGUGCACGGAAGGAGGUGGAUGGCUAUAAGAUAUAUAUGUCGCGGGCAAUGCCACUAUCGAGCCGGAAACCUGUCCUAAGUGACUUGAGUGAGGCUAGACUUGGGGAUUUUGAGCAGACCGACUUUAUUAUGCCGGAUCUUUAUAGGGCACCUGAGGUGGCUCUGGGCAUGCAAUGGAGCCACCCAGUUGACAUCUGGGGCCUUGGAAUGGUUAUAUGGGAUUUGUUUGAGGGAACCGGCUCUUUGAAACGAAAAAAGAAGACGGCCAUCACUCUGAGCGAAUGCAGCUUGCAAAGAUGA